UAAGCGGAUGUGGUUGGUCCGCCAUAAUCAUUCGUGUGGGUCUGUGCUUGUGUGGUUUAGGUGUCUUUACCGGUGCCAACCAUUAUUUUUAAUUAGUAAUAAGUUAUGCGUAUGAAUCCAGACAUGGACGAUGACGAGAAGGGAAAACUGUUCGUUGGUGGCCUAUCAUGGGAAACGUCGCAGGAAAAUCUGCAACGGUAUUUCUCUCGCUAUGGUGACGUAAUCGACUGCGUCGUGAUGAAGAACAGCGAGUCUGGUCGCUCGAGGGGCUUCGGUUUCGUAACCUUCGCCGAGCCUUCGUUGGUCAACGUUGUUCUACAGAACGGUCCUCACCAGUUGGAUGGCAGAACGAUCGACCCCAAGCCGUGCAAUCCCCGAACUCUGCAGAAACCGAAACGGGGUGGUGGGUACCCUAAGGUUUUCUUAGGCGGUCUUCCCUCCAAUAUUACCGAGACCGACUUGCGUGUAUUCUUCGGCCGUUAUGGCAAGGUCAUGGAAGUCGUCAUCAUGUACGACCAGGAGAAAAAGAAGUCCCGUGGCUUCGGAUUCCUGUCCUUUGAAGAUGAGAUAUCAGUAGAGCGGGUGACCCAAGAACACUUCAUCAAUCUCAAUGGGAAACAGGUGGAGAUAAAGCGUGCUGAGCCACGUGACGGUUCCGGCAAGUUGGGCUCAGGAGGUGGUGGCAUGGGUGGUGGUGGUAUGGGCGGGGCACCCGGGGACGCGCCCGCUGCUGGCCAGUGGGGUCCGCCUCAGGCCGCGCCAAUGAACAUCAUUCAAGGGCACAACGGCCAAAUGGGCGGCCCCCCCAUCAACAUGCCCAUGGCUGGACCUAACAUCAUGCAAGGCUACCAGGGCUGGGGCACGUCCGCCGGGCAGACGUCGUACGCGGGCUACGGUGCGGCGGGCGGCGCGGGAGGUCCGGGCAACUACCAGGGCUGGGGCGCGCCGCCCGCCCCGCAGGCGCCGCCGCACGCGCCCGCCUGGCCCGCCACCAACAACUACACGCAGCACGCGCAGCCGCCCGCGCAGGGCUACGGCAGCUACGCAAACUACAGCUCGGCUCCCGCGGGCGCUUCUGCUGGAGGCAGCUGGACCAACUGGAGCAUGCCUCAGAACUCCAACUCUACCGGUUCCGGCUCGUACGUGCCGCUGUCGGAGGGCGGCGAGAUGUACGGGCGCGGCGGCGGCGGCGCGGCGGGCGGCGCGGCGCCGGCGCUGGCGGGCGCGCUGUCGUCGGCCGCGCUCAGCAAGUCGUCGUCCGCCGACUACUCCACCUACCAGCAGUACCCGCCCGCCUACCAGCAGGACCAGGGCUCGUCGUACGGCGGCUCGCGCUACAGCGGCGAGUACCACUCGGGCGCCGCGCAGCCAGAGAGCGAUGGAGUGACAGCCGGCAGUCCCAAGUUUACCAACAUGUCCGCGUUGAACAAUGCGGUCGAUACGCCGCCACAGGUCCCGGUGAUGUUCUGCCCCGGUAUGGUUUCGCCGCAGCCUUCUUUUUGUAACAUAUCGGACAUGUCCGCCACGGCGUCAGGUGAUGACUAUGAAUACACGGGGGCCUCCGGGGACGGAUACCAGAAAUCCUCGAAACGCACCCACCAUGGAACAUCAACUAGCGGAACCGCAUCUGCUCCAUCUUACCAUCCCUACAGACGUUGACGUAUGACUUCACUAUCGCUACUGGCCGAACCCUGCAGUCUUCAUUCACCUCCCUUCUCUGAAUGUCUCUAUAGAA